AUGCUUCUCAGCGCAUCCUUUGUCGCAUCUUCCCAGAUCGUCACUGCUCGCCUUCCACACACCAUCUCGUUCGUGGCUCGACAGGACCUCACGCACAGAGUCCUCCCUGCCCCCAGACCUCGACUCUCAGCUCACCAUCAGCAAGUCGUCGCAGCUCUUGCACCUUUCUCCAGCACAUGCUCUACUCCGAACGCUCGCCCAUGCGACGACGAUCACGACAUCGACAACAUGACCACCUCUUCCUACCCUCUGUCCCCAUCCAAGUCGGUCGACCCGGUCCACGACCCGGCCAAGACCCAAAAGCCCAUCAAUGUCCAGGCCAAUGGUAAUGCUCACGUCCUCGUCAACGGCACUGCUUCGCGCGAACAGAGCAAGACUGCACCACUCUUUUCCACCGACCCACUCAAGGGCAAGAUCAACAACGCUGAGAAGCAGCAGCGUCUCGCCCGUGAUUUCCGUUCCGACACCAUCACCGCUCCCACUGAGUCCAUGAUUCGUGCUAUGGCCGACGCUUCCCGCGGUGACGACGUCUACGGUGAAGAUGAGUCCACCAACUCCUUCCAAGCCGAGAUCGCCGCGCUCACGGGCAAAGAAUCGGCCAUCUUUGUUCCCUCCGGGACGCUUUCCAACCAGCUCGCCUUGCGAACACACCUUCACCAACCCCCCCACACUGUUCUAUGCGACACUCGCUCACACAUUCACCGCUACGAGGCAGGCGGUAUUGCCUUCCACUGCGGCGCCUCAACCGAAAUCGUCGCUCCGUCCAAUGGACACCACUUACGUUGGCAAGAAGACAUUAAGCCUAAUCUUAACCUUAGUGACGACAUUCACUUUUCCCCCACCCGCAUCAUCUCGCUCGAGAACACGCUCAACGGUACCAUCUUCCCUCAAGAUGAGAUUGUCAAGAUCUCGUCCGAGGCGCGCAAGCUGGGUCUUAUCAUGCACCUUGAUGGAGCCCGUAUCUGGAACGUGGCUGCUGAAACCGGUCUUUCGCUCAAGGAGCUUUGCGAUCCUUUCGAUACCGUCUCGCUUUGCUUGAGCAAGGGUCUCGGCGCUCCUAUCGGCAGCAUACUUGUUGGACCUGCUCAAUUCAUCAAGAAAGUCCGUCACUUCCGUAAGCUCUACGGUGCCGGUGUCCGUCAAGUCGGUCCUCUCGUUGCUGCUGCUCGUGUCGGUGUGGUUGAGAACUACCCCAAGCUUCAGGGUACUCACCAGCUGGCUCGUUACGCCGGGCGAGAGCUUGAGAAACUCGGUGUGCGCCUGACCGCGCCUGUCGAGACAAGCAUGGUGUUCAUGGACACUUCUUCCAUCGACAUUUCCAUUUCAGAGCUUGUCUCUCGUGCUGCUUCUCUUCCUUCUCCCAUCAGACUCGGCGGUGGUCGAAUGGUGGUCCACUACCAGAUCGAAAAGCAAGCAGUUGACGAUGUCAUUGAACUCAUCAAGACCAUCAAGCAAGAGAAGAAGGACGGCACUGCGCCCUUUGCUUCGGCCGCAGCCAACGGCGCAACUGGUCUUUACUCCAGCAGCAUGGCUGGUGGGAACGCAUCCAGCAACUCCACCGCCGCUACCGGCAACGGCCACACCCGAUCCUCUAGCAUUGAAAAGCGCGGUCUGAUCUUCCAAACCAUCGGCACAUCCUCCCGCAAACCCUCAGACGACAUGCGUCACUCCGUAUCCCUGGUCCUCCCCUUGCCCGACCGCAAGUCCGCUUUGACCCUCCAACAAUCUAUCUCGGUCGACAAAGAGCUCAAGCCCAAAGAAGUUCGUAAGGAGUUCAUCAUUCUACCUGGCUCGCCAUCUGAAGAGGGUCAGCAGGGACGUGUUGAGAUGGCAGUCAAGAUCUUUGCCACCACAGUCAGACAGCUGAGAUUGAGCGUCAAUGCAUUCUUGGAGGAUGCUGCGUUGAUUUGUAGGACGAUGGGCGAGUUUGAUCCAUUGAAGGGAGCGAUCGAUGAGGUCAAGAGGAUCGAUUUGGAGAGGGAUCUUGAACAGGGAUCUGUUGGUAUUGCUGGUUGA